CGCCCGCCCCCUGCGCUCUCCCCGCCCCCUCCCUCCCUCGCCGGGCCGAGCGAAUGUAGCCCGCGAGAGAAAAUGGCGGCGGCGGCGGGGAAUCGCGCCUCGUCGUCGGGAUUCCCGGGCGCUGGGGCGGCGAGCCCCGAAGCGGGCGGCGGCGGAGGGGUCCUCAGAGCGAGCAGCGCGUCGGCGGCGGCCGCGGGGCUGCUGCGGGAGGCGGGCGGCGGGGGCCGCGAGCGGGCGGACUGGCGCCGGCGGCAGCUGCGCAAAGUGCGGAGUGUGGAGCUGGACCAGCUGCCCGAUCCGCCUCUCUUCCUCACCGCCUCUCCGCCGUCCUCGUCCACUUCCCCGUCGCCGGAGCCCGCGGACGCGGCGGCGGCGGGCGGGAGCGGUGUCCAGCCUGCGGCCGUGCCGCCGUCCCACGGAGCUGCGAGCCGCGGCGGCGCCCACCCGCUGGAAGCGGCGACCGCGCCGGACAGCGGCGCCCCGAGCCCCGCGGGGGCCGAGCCCGGGGAGAAGCGGACGCCCGCCGCCGAGCCACCGCCGCUGCCUGCAGCGGCCCCCGCCGGCCGUGAUAUGGAGAAUAAAGAAACACUCAAGGGGUUACACAAGAUGGACGAUCGCCCAGAAGAACGAAUGAUCAGGGAGAAGCUGAAGGCGACCUGCAUGCCCGCCUGGAAGCACGAGUGGCUGGAGAGGAGAAGUCGGAGAGGCCCGGUGGUGGUAAAACCAAUCCCUAUUAAAGGAGAUGGAUCUGAUACGAGUAACAUGGCCACUGAGACUCAGGCAGAGGCCCAGGCAAAUGCCACGUCGUCAGCGCCCAAAGGCCGGCGGAGUCCUUCCCCUAACAGCUCCCCAUCUGGUCGCACAGCCAAGUCGGAAUCUCCAGGAGUAAGAAGGAAAAGGGUUUCUCCAGUGCCUUUUCAGAGUGGGAGAAUCACACCACCCAGGAGAGCCCCGUCACCAGAUGGCUUCUCACCAUAUAGCCCUGAGGAGACAAACCGCCGCGUGAACAAAGUGAUGCGCGCCAGGCUAUACCUCCUGCAGCAAAUCGGACCCAACUCUUUCCUGAUUGGAGGAGAUAGUCCUGACAACAAGUACCGGGUGUUUAUUGGACCACAGAACUGCAGCUGUGGGCGUGGAACGUUUUGUAUUCAUCUAUUAUUUGUUAUGCUCCGGGUGUUCCAACUAGAACCAUCAGACCCUAUGUUAUGGAGGAAAACCUUAAAAAAUUUUGAGGUUGAGAGUUUGUUCCAGAAAUAUCACAGUAGGCGUAGCUCAAGGAUCAAAGCUCCAUCUCGUAACACCAUCCAGAAGUUUGUUUCACGCAUGUCAAAUUCUCAUACGUUGUCAUCCUCUAGUACGUCUACAUCUAGUUCAGAAAACAGUAUAAAAGAUGAAGAGGAGCAGAUGUGUCCUAUAUGUUUGUUGGGCAUGCUUGAUGAAGAAAGCCUGACAGUGUGUGAAGAUGGCUGUCGGAAUAAGCUGCACCAUCACUGCAUGUCAAUCUGGGCAGAAGAAUGUAGAAGAAAUAGAGAACCUUUAAUAUGCCCCCUUUGUAGGUCUAAAUGGAGAUCCCAUGAUUUCUACAGCCACGAGUUGUCGAGCCCUGUGGAUUCCCCCGCGUCCCUGCGCGCUGCACAGCAGCAGGGUGUCCCCCAGCAGCCCGUGGGCACGUCACAGAGAAGGAACCAGGAGAGCAAUUUUAACCUGACUCAUUACGGGACUCCUCAGAUCCCUCCUGCUUACAAAGAUUUAGCUGAGCCAUGGAUUCAGGUAUUUGGAAUGGAGCUCGUCGGCUGCUUAUUUUCUAGAAACUGGAAUGUCCGAGAGAUGGCGCUCCGGCGUCUUUCCCACGAUGUCAGUGGGGCCCUGCUGUUGGCGAAUGGGGAGAGCACUGGAAAUUCUGGGGGCAGUAGUGGGAGCAGCCCAAGUGCGGGGGCCACCAGUGGGUCUUCCCAGACCAGUAUCUCAGGAGACGUGGUGGAGGCCUGCUGCAACGUCCUGUCCAUGGUCUGUGCCGACCCUGUCUACAAAGUGUACGUUGCUGCUUUAAAAACGUUGCGAGCCAUGCUAGUUUAUACUCCUUGCCAUAGUUUGGCAGAAAGAAUAAAACUGCAGAAACUUCUCCGGCCAGUUGUGGACACCAUUCUAGUCAAGUGUGCAGAUGCCAAUAGUCGCACCAGUCAGCUGUCUAUAUCAACUUUGUUGGAACUGUGCAAAGGUCAAGCAGGAGAAUUGGCAGUUGGCAGAGAAAUACUUAAAACUGGGUCCAUUGGUAUUGGUGGUGUUGAUUAUGUAUUAAAUUGUAUCCUUGGAAACCAAACUGAAUCAAACAACUGGCAAGAACUGCUGGGCCGCCUCUGUCUUAUUGAUAGACUGCUUUUGGAAUUUCCUGCUGAAUUCUACCCACAUAUAGUCAGUACUGAUGUUUCACAAGCUGAGCCUGUUGAAGUCAGGUAUAAAAAGCUGCUGUCUCUCCUAACCUUUGCUUUGCAGUCCAUUGAUAACUCCCACUCAAUGGUUGGCAAACUCUCCCGAAGGAUAUAUUUGAGUUCAGCAAGGAUGGUCACUGCAGUUCCCCAUGUGUUUUCAAAACUCUUAGAAAUGCUGAACGUGUCCAGCUCCACUCACUUCACCAGGAUGCGUCGCCGUCUGAUGGCUAUUGCAGACGAGGUGGAAAUCGCUGAGGCUAUCGAGCUGGGUGUGGAAGAGCCUUUGGGUGGUCGCCACGACAGCCUUUUGCAGGCAUCUGUCUCCAGCAGCUACCCUGAAGCCACAGAGAACAGCUCCCCUGAGCACACAGACCAUCCAGAGAAAACUGGAAGAGCCUUGUGUGCUGCAAAAUUGAGUGCCAGCUCGGAGGACAUUUCUGACAGACUGACUGGCAUUUCAUUAGGACUUGCAAGUUCAACAACAAUGGAGCAACCAAAGCCAGUGGUUCAAACAAAAGGCAGACCCCACAGUCAGUGUUUGAACUCCUCUCCUUUGUCUCAUCAUUCCCAGGUUAUGUUCCCAACCCUGUCGACCCCAUCUUCAUCUGCCCCCUCUGUCCCCGCUGCCACUGUAACAGAUGUCCCCAAGCACAGACCUCAGGGAUUCAUUCCCUGCAAAAUACCUUGUGCAUCUCCUCAGACACAGCGCAAGUUUUCUCUCCAGUUCCAGAGGAACUGUUCUGAAAACAGCGAUCCAGAUAAACUUUCCCCAAUCUUCACUCAGGCGAGACCUGCACCCUCCAGUACUAUACACAGGCCAAAGCCAUCUCGACCUGCUCCAGGUAGCACCAGUAAACAAGGAGACGCCUCCAAGAGCAGCAUGACACUGGAUCUCCACAGUUCUUCCAAAUGUGAGGACAGCUUUGGCAGUAGUGGCAGUAGCAGCAACGCUGUCAUACCCAGUGAUGAGACAGUGUUCACCCCAGUCGAGGAGAAGUGCAGAUUAGAUGUCAAUGCGGAGCUCAAUUCCAGUAUCGAGGACCUUCUUGAAGCAUCUCUGCCUUCAAAUGACACCACAGUAACUUUUAAGUCAGAAGUGGCUGUCCUCUCCCCUGAAAAAGAUGAAAACGAUGACACCUACAAAGACGAUGUGAAUCAUAAUCAGAAAUGCAAAGAAAAGAUGGAGGCUGAGGAAGAAGAAGCUUUAGCAAUUGCCAUGGCAAUGUCGGCAUCCCAGGAUGCCCUCCCCGUAGUUCCUCAACUUCAGGUUGAAAAUGGAGAAGAUAUCAUUAUUAUUCAACAAGAUACACCAGAGACGUUGCCAGGACACACCAAAGCGAAACAGCCUUACCGAGAAGACACCGAGUGGCUGAAAGGUCAGCAGAUAGGCCUGGGAGCGUUUUCUUCUUGCUAUCAGGCUCAAGAUGUGGGAACUGGAACUUUAAUGGCUGUUAAACAGGUGACAUACGUCAGAAACACAUCUUCUGAGCAAGAAGAAGUAGUGGAAGCAUUAAGAGAAGAGAUAAGAAUGAUGAGCCAUCUGAACCACCCAAACAUCAUUAGGAUGUUGGGAGCCACAUGUGAGAAGAGCAAUUAUAAUCUCUUCAUUGAGUGGAUGGCAGGGGGAUCGGUGGCUCAUCUGCUCAGCAAGUACGGAGCCUUCAAAGAAUCAGUAGUUAUUAACUAUACUGAACAGUUGCUUCGUGGCCUUUCCUAUCUCCAUGAAAACCAGAUCAUUCACAGAGAUGUCAAAGGUGCCAAUUUGCUCAUUGACAGCACAGGACAGAGACUGAGAAUUGCAGACUUUGGAGCUGCUGCCAGGUUGGCAUCAAAAGGAACUGGUGCCGGAGAAUUUCAGGGACAGUUACUGGGGACAAUUGCAUUUAUGGCACCUGAGGUACUCAGAGGUCAACAGUAUGGCAGAAGCUGUGAUGUAUGGAGUGUUGGCUGUGCUAUUAUAGAGAUGGCCUGUGCUAAACCACCUUGGAAUGCAGAGAAGCACUCCAAUCAUCUUGCUCUGAUAUUUAAGAUCGCUAGUGCAACGACUGCUCCGUCCAUCCCCUCACACCUGUCUCCCGGUUUACGAGACGUCGCUCUUCGAUGUUUAGAACUGCAGCCUCAGGAUAGACCUCCCUCCAGAGAGCUACUGAAGCAUCCCGUCUUCCGCACUACCUGGUAGCCAUGCACAUGAACUAGAAUGGAGAGAGGAUGCGCAGUAAGAAGAGAAAAAAAACUUUUGUGGGGAACCACAUCGAUAAUCUGCUGGCCUUCAUGCCACUGAAUAGCUAUACACAAGACCAGUGGGGGACCCUAACCUAAGUAUGUGAUUGACAAAUCAUGAUCUGUACCUAAGCUUAGUAUGCAAAAGUCCACAAUUUGUGCAAAAACUGUAAACCGUGCCUUUCAAAGAACUGGCCCUAGGUGAACAGGAAAGCAAUGAAGUUUGCAUGGCUAAUUAACAAGAGCAUAAUUUUAUUUUUUUAGAGCACUUUUUCAGCAAUAUUAGCAGCUGAGGGGCUCAGGAUCUAUUUUAAUGUGUCAAUUAUUCUUCCAUUUCAUAUCAUGAUUACAAGAGGGGGUUCUGCUGUUCUCUUCAGUUUAUUUGUCACUGGCUAUAAAAACAAAAUCACUAUCUGCCUCUUUUAGGUCAGAAAUGUGCUAUGAUUAGCAGUAAAUAAAUAUAUUUUUUAAAGUUAAUGACUUCUUUAUGACCUACAGUUGACCUUUAUUUUUUUAAAUGCCUGGGCAAUUGUGUUUUAUUGUGCAUUUUACUGUUGGCCCAUUCAUUUCGUUUUUGGAAAUUAUGGUUCUAUAUUUUCAUUUCACCUUCAUUUUUGUUAAACAUUCAGGGAAAGGUGAUCUUUUCAAACCAGAAAAAAAAAAAGAGUAGAACUAGGUGUGAACUAGAUUUUAUCAAAUAUUUUGCUAUUGCAAGAGUUUUGCAAAUGCAGAUUUAUUCUUUUUAAUUGGAAUAUGAUAAAAUACUACCUUUAUUGAGUCAGUCACUGCUCUUCUCAAUCACUGCAUGUUAAGUAUAAAUUAAGUGAAAAUCAGCUAUGUUCUGUGAUACAGCUUGAAACCAAGAUCAAGAUUACCUUGAAAUAUAUUUGAUUUUUUAAAAAUGUAUCAGUUUCUUCUGUCAAACUGUAAGAGACUUCAAGGCUUCACACCAUUUAAGUCUUAACUCUGUAUGACCAUUAUUUAUCACCAUCACUGAAAAUAACUUGCAACUGCUGUUUUCCUUCUACCGUGCAUCUUUUCUACAAUAGGCCUGACUAUGAAAAGAAUUAACUUAUUUGCUAAUGAGGAAUAGUGUUUUUAAACAUAAAUUUCUUUUGAACUUAGAAAAUGUGUUCAGAUGGAAAGUGGAAUUGGAUUUUAUUUGUACAGUAAUUCCUUACACAUUGCACAGUUAUCCAGCGAUUUUCCUCUCAGUUGAAUUCAGAUGCAUGCAAUUCUGAAGGAAAAUGGCAGCUCUUUUUAUAUUUUUUGUGAGUCUUUUAAAUUAAGUACUGAUUAAAUAUUUAAUACAACUUUUUGAGAUAAGUUUUAACUCUUCAGAAGCCAGUUGAAUUAUUGCAGAGUGAAAUAGAAUUGGUUAUUCUCAAAAACUCAGGAUAAACUAAAUAAGCUAUAUAGAGUACAUUUUAAAUGUACAACACAAAUUGGAAGUAAAAUAAGUUACAUGAUAAGUUUACAGGAGUAUAUUGCAUAUAAUUUUUAAAAGGCAGGUUAUUUUUUUUAUGUGAGUGUGUAUUCUAGGAAAUUUUUACAUUCCUUUGUUUUGAAAGAUUGGCAAUAUUUGAAGAGUUAAAAAACAGUACCGAAAUGUGAAGUUUGGUAGCUCUAAUGUGUUGUACUUGACUUUUUUAUUUUCUUUUUUUUUUUUUUGGACUACUUUAGAAUUUUCACAGUUCUAAUAAGAUUGUUUCCGAGUCUCAUGUGCAAGCUUUAAAGGAUGCACUCUUGCCAUUUUAUGUACUGGAAGAUCAUUGGUCAGAUGAAUGCUGUAUCUGACAGAAAUGUAAACUGUAUAAACUGAGGAACCUCAGCUAAUCAGUAUUACUUUGUAGAUCACCAUGCCCACCACAUUUCAAACUCAAACUGCCUGUAGAUGUCAAAAUCCAUUGUUUGAGUUUGUUUGCAGUUCCCUCAGCUUGCUGGUAAUUGUGGUGUUUUUUUGUUUUGUUUUGUUUUCAAUGCAAAUGUGAUGUAUUAUUCUUAUUUUCUUUGGAUCAAAGCUGGACUGAAAAUUGUAUUGUGUAAUUAUUUUGUGUUCUUAAUGUUAUUUGGUACUCAAGUUGUAAAUAACGUCUACUGCUGUUAUUCCAGUUUCUACUACCUCAGGUGUCCUAUAGAUUUUUCUUCUACCAAAGUUCACUUUCACAAUGAAAUUAUAUUUGCUGUGUGACUAUGAUUCCUAAGAUUUCCAGGGCUUAAGGGCUAACUUCUAUUAGCACCUUACUGUGUAAGCAAAUGUUACAAAAAAAAAAUCUCUGGGUUAAGAAGAUUUGGCUUAAAUGUAUCCUUUGUUAUUUUAAAUAUAUCAAGAUAUUUUAAUUAAAAUUUUUACCCCAUUGAACCAAUUUUAUAGUAUUUGUACCUAUUUUGGCGUUUUGUCUUUAUAGUAAAUAAACAUUUUUGAACAAA